AUGAAGACUCUUGGAGACAUGGGAAUAUUAGUCACACCACACAGAAGUUUGAACUCAUCAGGUGGUGUGAUAUCUGAGUUCGAGUUGAUGUCUGAAGACGAAUCAGACAUUCAGAUCGGCCUGUUGGACCAAGGUGUCGCUUCUGUCCAACGCAUUUCGAUCUGUCAAGAUGGCAUGUUGAUACCCACAAAACAUCUAAUUCUCACAUUUGACAAACCAACAUUGCCAUCCUUUGUUACAGCAGGAUACCUGCGCCUCCCAAUUCGUCCAUAUAUUCCAAAUCCACUGCGUUGCUUCAAAUGCCAGUGA